AUGGUGCCACGAUUUUGCAGCUUGACAGCUGCCCAAGCACUUGGGCUGCUCAAGGAUAACACCAUUACGGUGGAGGAGUAUGCCUUGUCUCUCUUGGACCGUAUCAAGGAGCGUGACAGCAUUGUCAAGGCAUGGGCAUACCUCGAUCCCGCGUUCGUGCUCGGCCAAGCACGAACUCUAGACCAGAUUCCCCACGACCAAAGGGGGCCGUUGCAUGGACUGGCAGUAGGCGUCAAGGAUAUCAUGAAUACUAAAGAUAUGUCCACGCAGUUUGGUUCUCCUAUUUACCAAGGACAUCAGGCUGGCUUCGAUUCAUCCGCCGUCGCAAUCCUGCGAGCUGCUGGGUCUCUCAUCUUCGGUAAAACAACCACGACCGAGUUCGCCGUGGCUAACUCAGGGCCCGAGACUGCUAACCCCCAUGACCCGAAUCGCACCCCGGGCAGCUCCUCGUGCAGAUCGGCAGCAGCAAUAGCCGACCUACAAGUACCGCUCAGCCUCGGAGCGCAGACCGGUGGGAGUAUCAUUCGCCCGGCAUCUUUUACGGUGGUCUUCGCCAUGAAGCCAACUUUCAACGCUAUACCACUCGAAGGCCAAACGGUCUUCGCACCUACUUUUGUUACGUUCGGUUUCUUUGCUCACAGCAUCGAGGAUCUACAGCUACUUGCGAAUGUCUUUGCUCUCCGAGAUGACAAACCCCCCGAAGACACGCCACUCGGCGUAAACGUUGAGGAAGCCUCCUUUCCAUCCGGGGUCGCCGACGCCAAGACCCUGGAGCGAAUACAGAAAGUUAUCAUCCUUGGUGAAGCUCAGGUCUCCUUCCUCAAGGAAUAUCAGGUUGGCAAGGCGGAAUUGGCCGAGGGGAUUCGCGACAUUGUCGAGAACACCUCCAACAUCAGUCACAAAGAGUGGAUGGAAGCUUCUGAUACCGCCGUGGACGAGGCUCCACUCGGGCUUGGCGAUAUGGGUAGUGCGACUUUCAAUACUAUGUGGAUGGGGUUUCAUAUGCCUGUCAUCAAUAUAUCUCUAGAGGCGCCCAGAUUCUGCGACCAGCUGCUCUUGAGGACCAGUAAGGUUCUUAGCGAGACUCUCAUGGCCCAGGGUAGCUGGGAGGGACGCCUCUGA